AUUAGCAAGAGAGCCCUUCCGCCUCGCCGGCGGGCUGUGAGUAUUUAACAUGCCAUUCGUAAAGGGUGGACUUGUUCAAUUGUUCAAUGCGAUCGCCUAUUAUGGACUGAUUUCGUCUUUUGCGGUGCCGGUUGCUGCAGGAGGCAACUCGGCGAGUGCCUCUCAGGGUGGAUAUUUUCACGGACAACCCAUGCCGGUGACAUGCUUGAAUCGGACAAUUGACUCCGGCGAACAUAUCACCGACAGUCUCGGCAAACUCCAAUACAUUCCAUUCCCAACCUGCAAGGAGACCUCCCUCCCCCUCGCCCUUCGCUACGGUGUGACUGAGACAGUCAAUUGCACCAUUGACAAAGUUUCCGAUGAGCUUUACCACCUCCUCGAGUAUUAUGUCCACUCCGAUGUGCCGAUGAACUGCCGUGUGCCCACGGCGCCCCUCCUGUCGCCCACAUCUUCGCAUUCAGAUGACAAGGCCCAUGAAGACGAGGCUGUUGGCACCGAGCUUUCAGCGCUGAGUGAGGAAGGACCUCCUUAUACCCCAAUCACCUUUGCGCUGCAGGGGACUUUGCAGCGCAGUCAUCUUCAUAUCUGGACCGAUAUGAAUGUGCUCAUGCACAACAUCAUUUCGAAGCCAAAGAAGAAUAAACGAAAGGCUAAGAAGACGGCGCCGGGAUAUGCCGUGGCCGGUACUGCAUACUCCGUACCCGAGUUUGAAUUGUCCUUUCUCAAUAGCAAGAAGAAGGUGUCCGAGGAGGAGAAGGAGGCAGCUGCAGUGGCCGAGGCAGCCCGUGAGCCUUGGACAGCGGGGCAUGGCACAAAAGUCGUUCGUGAGCAGCCUCUCACCUUCACUUUUCAUGUGAAUUGGGUUGAGGGUGGAGGAGGCAUCGGAUGGCCAUCUCGGGGGUCUUCUAUUAGCGAAUUGGCGGAGGGAACAGGUUUCUUCUCGAAACUGUUUUUCUUCAUUCUGGCUGCAUCAUUGGGAGCCGCCAUGGCCUUGUAUUGGGAACGAACUCGGCGACGGGGCUGGCGAGGCGAUGGGAUCCUCGGUGUUCCGUCGCGGGCAAAGGGGUCGAUUGGUGGUCUGUAUGGAAAUGGCGGGAAAUCCAAUGGGUAUGGGGGGUAUUCCGCCAGCAACGUCUCGAUGACGGGGAACGGAGGAGGGUAUGGGUACGGAGGGUUCACAGCUGGGAAGAAAGAUUAG